GGGAAAGCCCAGCGGUUGCAGCUGCGGCGGAUCCCUCGGCACUGUCCGCCGCGCGCCGGGGCAGCCCAGGGCCGGCGGCAGCUCCGCAAAGUCACGGAACGAGAGGAGGCGGAGCGCCGGCCAAGUGGUGGGGCUCAGCGCUGGGGCUGGGCUGGGCUGGGAGAGGUGUGCCCAGGGAGCCUGGAUCCCAGUGCCCUUCUACCUCGUGUGGAGCUGCCAGUGCGGCCAGAGGCGAGCUGACGCCCUGGAAAGAGCAAUCAAAUUGCAGCCUCCCCAAAGACGCUGAGUUACGCGGGCGAGCCGGUUCCCGGGGAUCGUUCGCGAGCGCGCAGAGAGCCGCGCCGCGCCGCAGAGCCCUCCCGGGCCCGCCGGCUAGAAGCGGGGCGCCGUCCAAGAGGCAGCAGCCCCUGGGCGCGGGGUUCGGCCGCGAGUGCGCCCCGGUGCAGAGAGGGGGCGUGCAAGGCUCCGCCGGCCCGCCCGCAGCCCGCGCCCGACUUGGGCGCCCCCUCCGUCCCAUUCUGGGAGCGAUGCCCCCCGCUCCUCGCGCCCCCCGGGAACGCCGCGAGCAUGGAGAAGUCGAGUAGCGAGGAUUCUUCGAUCCACCGGAGUCCAUCUUUGGACAGCAAGGACUCGGACUUUGCCAAGCCGUCCACCUCCGGCCGCCCGUUCGGCCGCGGCUUCACGGCCGGCGCCUUCUACGGCACCGCGGGCUCCCGGGGCCAGAGCCGCGCCGAGGCCGGCGUUAAGACCGACAAGUACAAUGCACCCAAAGGCAGCAAGUACGUGGUGUUUUACCUGGACCUGUCCUUUGUGUUCCUCCUAGAAUUUAAGAAGUGCAACAUGGCCAGGGGUUGCCUCUGCUGCUUGAAGUACAUGAUGUUCCUCUUCAAUUUGAUAUUCUGGCUCUGUGGCUGUGGGCUGCUUGGAGUGGGCAUCUGGCUCUCCGUGUCCCAAGGCAACUUUGCCACCUUCUCCCCCAGCUUCCCUUCGUUGUCUGCAGCCAACCUGGUCAUCGCCAUAGGCGCCGUUGUCAUGGUGACGGGCUUCCUCGGCUGCCUGGGGGCCAUCAAGGAAAACAAGUGCCUCCUUCUCAGCUUUUUCAUCGUCCUGUUGGUCAUCCUCCUAGCAGAGCUGAUCUUACUCAUCCUCUUCUUUGUCUACAUGGACAAGGUGAACGAGAAUGCCAAGAAGGACCUGAAGGAAGGCCUGCUGCUGUACCACACCGAGAACAACGUGGGGCUGAAGAACGCCUGGAACAUCAUCCAGGCCGAGAUGCGAUGCUGUGGCGUCACUGACUACACAGACUGGUACCCAGUGCUGGGGGAGAACACGGUUCCCGACCGCUGCUGCAUGGAGAACUCCCAGGGCUGCGGACGCAACGCCACCACGCCUUUGUGGAGAACGGGCUGCUAUGAAAAGGUGAAGAUGUGGUUCCAUGACAAUAAGCACGUGCUGGGCACGGUGGGGAUGUGCAUCCUCAUCAUGCAGAUCCUGGGCAUGGCCUUCUCCAUGACCCUCUUCCAGCACAUCCACCGGACUGGUAAGAAGUACGACGCGUGAGCAGGCUGGCCAGGAGUGCCCACCCCACCCUGCUGCCCUGUGGAGGGGAAGAGGAUUGAGCUUUGUGUCACCUGUCUGCACUCUCCAGAUGUGACCCCUGCACCCACCCACCCCAGCCUACCCUACCCCACCUACCCUGCCUCAGCCUCGGACUUCUCAGUGGGUGGAGUGCCAGGAAGGAGGAGGCACACGGAGACCUGGGGCUCGGGGCCCCUGGAUUCCUGCAUCUGCAUAUGCGUAUUUGCCAAAGACGACAGGGUGGGCUGGGGUGCGCUCAGGAGGAGCCCCCCGGCACUGAUGGGCUUCUGCCCCUGCCCUUCCUCACACUGACACUUUGUCCCCACAUGGGGUGGGGAGCAGAGUGCCCGCCCCGUGGAGAUACUGCCCCAGCGGGGGCUGCUACAUCCAUGGCCACCAUGGGGCACUUGACGGGGCGGGGGGUCUGCCGGCCUCUGGGCAAGGCCCCUGGAGCAUCUCGCCCAGGCUUUUUAUACCUUACAAUGUAACUUUUUUAUUUUAUUUUACUCUACGAUUAUUCAGGAAUAUUAUCUCUCAGAUAAGUUUAGGGUUAGAUUUCUGAUUUGUAACUUUUUACUGUGUUGAUUUCUUUAAUGGUUUGACUUUUUUUCCCUGAGAGUGAGGGAUGGGUGGGAAGAGAGGACAUCCGUCCAGUCUCAAUCAGGACAGACCACCGUGCGACACCCAGGAGGCUCUCGGAUGGGGCGUGCCUGCGCCCUCAGAACGUGUGGGAAGGAGGGGGCAUGGACAGGACACGGGACCUUGCCAGGCCUGGUGUCCGAGGACGGGAGCCUGGGAGAGGCGGGUGGAGCAUGAAGCAGGCUGGAGGUGCCCCUGCACGGGAGGUGGCAUUUGCUAACCAAUCGAGCUGGAAAGACCAGGGCAGGGGAACCCCACGGUGCUGGGGAAACGCUUUGCCGGGAAUGUGGCAGAGCUAGAGGGGUCCUUAGACUUUUCACUGAUGAGCAGUUGCUGGUUUUUUCUUUCUUCCUUCCUCCCGCUCUCUGCUGGCACUCGAGGCUUCCCCUUCCACCCCAUGUGGGUAUUCCCACAACAGGUUCUGCACACCCCAGUUAUUUCACACACAUUCCUGCUAGAAACUGUCAGACACAUACCUCUCUAGUUUGGAUGCUGCUCACUUUCUCCCUUGCUUCUGGAAGGGGAAGCAGUCUUUAGGUUUUGCUGUGCUGGACAGUGGCAGGGGACCCACAGGUUUGAGGACCCACGGUCCUCCCCACCAGCUUUGCUCCGUUGUGGGUUGCCCUGCUGGGAAGGAGGGAAUCACAUCCACAUGGGUCCCAAGAUCUUCGCCUCCUUCCCUGGGGUCAUGGACAUCAGCAGCGGGUUGGGUGGCGAUCAUACUGUCUGUGAUCCCAGGGAGAAGAAAUACAGAAAACCCAAGAGAGGUGAGACUGGCUCUUGUUACCGGGGCCACAGGAAGAAAGCAGCCGGAGUGACGCAUGUGCAGAGCUGGGCAUGGGGGAGAAACAGGCUGGGGAGUGAGGCCGGGAGCGGGAUUCAGCUGCAGCAGGGCGCCCCCUCCAAACUGCAGCUGGUCUGGCUUACUGUUUUGCAGUUCAAAAAGGUCGUGAAUCCAUGGGACUGAGCGUGGGGACCUUACCCACUAGCCAGCAUCUGCUGCACUUGAUCAGGUGGGGCCUUGGUGGGCGGCUGCCUUUCCUAUACAGUUUGUCUUGUCACCCUGGUUUCCCCUUGGGGCCAGGCCUCUUCUCCAGCCCCUACCUGCCUAUCUGCUGCAAGAGCUGAGACACGGCCACCCAGCACCAGUCACUUCUCUGUUCACCUUAAGUAACACACAAAUCGGGACCAGGAGGAUAGAACUGUUGGCAUUAUCAGGAUUCGUGUUUUGUGGGGGUGGGAGUGGAGAGUAGGGUGGUCUUGUGAGUUGGGCAGGGUAAAGACCGCUUCUCUGAGACGGGCAGUGGUGCUGAUGGAACACGGGGGAGGCCCACAUUUGAGCAAAGCUGCCCUGCCCUUGUCCCCUGGCCUGGCUUCCUGGUAAGGAGCUUCAGCCGCCUCCCCAGGAACCCCCAAAGUGCAGAUUCCGGAGCAGACACCUCCCGGCGGGAGACACUCAGCACACAAGUGCUCCAGUUGCUCGGUGGGACCUGGGGCCUCGUGCGUUUUUGCUGUGGGUGGAGUGGGUGGGUUGGUUUAUGCCUAUCAAUGCAAUUUUUAAUUUUUGUGAAUAUCAACAGCAAAAGCCUAGUGCAUUGGGAGAUGUGCAACCUCCCUGAGAAUCUUUUCUGUUUCUGGAGUGCUUCAGGGGUGGCCUCUGGCCCCAGAGCCUUUGCCACAGUGCCCCCACCAGCCCCCACCCCAUCCGUCUGUUCGCAGAGCCUCAUCUACAGGUCCCCACGCUGCCGCCUUUCCUCACUCUGCGCUUGGCUGUUUUGUUAUUUGGCUGAGUAUAUAUUGGGUGGAAGUCUCUGUGCACAGAGUGGGUGUUCCUCCAAGCCCCUUCCACUCGGAGGGCCGCACCCAGCGAUGCCAGUGAGGGUGGCACAGCCUCUCUUCAGUUUCUCCUGACUGUGAUCUCACUGGGGCAGAAUUCCCUUGAGAGAAUUCCCUCACUCACGGCUCCCUUUGCCAGAGUUAGUUCAAUCAGGUCUGAUGUGAGCAGUUUACGUGCUUGUCUCAGAAAGGCCCUCAGGGUUUGUAGGGGACCGCAGAGGGGCAUCCGCUGCAGACUCAGCCUUUCUCUGCAGCCAUCCUGCAGUGGUGGUGAGUGGGCACACGCUGAGAACUGCCCCUGGGUGGUGGAAGCAGGUGUCACGGUGCACGUCUCCCCCUGCACCCCUCCCCCAGCUUGAGCCAUGUCACCCCCUCUCCCUCCAGCAUGGGCCUGCAUCUCAGGUUCUCUGGAAGGCGGCCCUGCCCCAGACCCUCUCGCAGGUGUCCUGGUUGGACUUGGAACUAGGUGGCCAUCUUUCCAGGCUUUGGUGGCCCAAGAGCAGUCCGGGUGGAUGGAAGUGGCUGUCCCCUCCUCUCCAGCCCCUGCCCACCCACUGGUGGAGGUGCUAACUAGCAGGGACGUGGCAUAGGAUGGGAGCUGGGCGUGAGGUGCUUGGGGUCCUUUCUUUGUCCCUCAGCUUCUCAGAGUCCGGCCAGCCCUUGUGUUCCCGUGCCCCCCACUUUCCUCCUCCCCACUGCAGUGAGGCAAUAGUCCGGGGUGGGGCCUGGCCUCCCUGCCCUGAUGCGGCACUCAGGAGGCCUGGGGGGCUUCCUGGCCCCUCCUUGCCCACGUGCCCGCCCCCGGGCAGCACGGGAGGGAGAGCAGGGCGAGCACGCUUGUUGGUUUCAGAUGCACUUUCUGCUUGCGAUGCCAUAUCUGUGCGUUCCUUCAUCCUGGUCCUGGCUUUAUGGAACACCAUGUUUUUAGCAUGUUUUUAAAUAAAAACUGAUAAAGUGUCAAAAGCA